GCCACUUUGUAUGUAGAUUAGCAGUCUUUAUUAUUUACUUGCUUGCCAUAGGUAUGACAUGCGCGGUGCCCGUGUUAUGCCAACAGUUUGGCAUGUCAAGUUACAUUAUCGCGAUUCGAUUCGUACCGCCCGUUACUUAUAGCCAGUUAUAGUUAUGGCUCGUGCGGAAGUGGACGUGGGCUCGAGCGUGGUCAAAAUGUAAAUCGCUCGUGUGUCUAUCGCGUGCUAGCUGCAGACAGUGCAGACGCCUGCACUUGAUCGUGAAAGUUACUGGCCUCAAAUGCCGAGACCGUUACUAAAAGAAAUCGCCUUGUUUUAAGUUUACAGAUGUGUCUUACCGGUGGAUUUGUGUUACAGCUACUGAAGUUUAGUGGUUUUAUGUGAACUUGAGUGGUGACUGAUAAGUGAUAACCUCUCGCUGUGUUGUCGUCUUCGAGAACUGUCAGUUCUAUUUUGUUAAUUGAGGAUGUUACUCGGUGUUUGUAAAAGUAGAUAGGUAUAGCCCGCUUUACGCAUGGAUGACUCAUAAAGUGAUGAGUGUGAUGACCACAAUGCCAAUCGAUUUAGCUUAGAAGGACUGCAGAAUAAUGAGCGAAGUUAAAGUGUUCAAUGUCUGCAACUAUUUAUAAGCCCAUCGUUGGACGUCAGACGGCCUUUGAAAUCAUAUAGGGCGGACGUUUUCCAGGCGGUAUUUCCAGCCAUAUACUUUAGUCGGGCGUGAAUAUGAAUUCGCGUUUGACUUACACAGGCACAAAGUUAUUAUUGGCAUCGAGAGACAGACAGUGAGAGUUGACUACUUAUAGUGUACCUAGUGUAAGAAGCUGAAAGUGAAUGGAUCGGUGAAGGCAGCCCCCGAUGGUGGGUUUGGGGGCCCGUCACGGCGGAGGGCUCUGAGGGCGCGGGGUGCGCGGGCGCGCGCGCCUCGCCGCCGCCCGGCUUCGACCGCGAGCUCUUCCAGGAGCUCAGCUUCUUGCCCGACGUCGAGCUGCGCGAGUGCCUCGGCGAGUACCCGGACUUCCUCUACCACGUGGCGAGGGACAGGUUCGGGAGGCUCUACUUCCGUGUGAUCAGGACGUUGCUCCUUGACCGAGUUCUAUGCAGCAACAGGGUGAGCCAAAUGACAAAAACCUACAAUGACAUCGAAGCAGUAACACGGCUCUUGGAAGAAAAAGAGAAAGAUUUAGAGUUGACGGCCCGCAUCGGGAAGGAGUUGCUGGCCACAAAUGGUGUUUUAGAAACGCGUGUCAACUCUCUCGAAGGCGAGCUGCGGAGCGCCAGAGACCUCAUCACACAGCUGAGGCACGACCUCACUGCAAAGACUGAUUUACUGCAGAUUCUAACCAAUGAUACAGAGGAGGGCUCGACCCCGUCUGAGCAGGAAGCGGCUCAGGAGGCGGCGCUGCGUAAGCGCACAGGCGCGCUGGAGCGGGAAAACCGCGCUCUGCGCGACGAGGCUGCGCGGCUCGCCGCCGGCGCCGACCAGUGCGAGCUGGCCGAGCGGCAGCUGCUGCGGGACAUCGCGCAACAACUCGCAAGUGCGAACUCGGAGGCUGGUGUGCUGGGCUCGGAGUUGGCGGAGGAGCGACAGCGAGCUGCGGAUGUGCAACAACAGUAUGACUCCGUCAAUGCGAGGCUCGCUGCUACCGAGAAAAAUCUACAACAGAUAACUGCGGAGCACCAGCAGACGUUGCGGAUAUUAGACAUAACUAAAGAUAACCAAAAUGCAUUGGCGGCGGAGUUGGCGGAUACGAAGGAGCGGUACAUGGAGGUGGCCGCUCAUCUCGCCGAAGCUCAAGAGCAGCUCCGGCAGCUCCGCAAACGAACCGAGCCGACGCGCGGCCUCAUGCCCAGCGUGGCGGCCGCGGCCGGCCUCCUCCCUGCCAGUUUACAUCGAGAGAUGCACUCCUCCAUCUACUCCGAGCUUAGCAUGGACUCCGGCAUCGGCAUCGGGAGCGACCCAAUGCAACAAUCGAGCAUGGCGAAAGUGUUCGAGACGGUGCAGUGCGCGUCACGGUGGUCCGGCGCGUCCGGUGUGUCCGGCGCGUCGAUAGCCGGAUCCGACCAGCCGGACGCGCCGCUGCCGCGGUCGUCCUACCUCCUCCCCAAGCCCAAGCUGUCCAGCGACUCUUUCUUCGAAGACUCGGACACGGACUCGGACGAACUCUACCCUGGCGGCACCGGUGAAGGCGUGCCGGGAGCGCCGGGCGCAGCGGAGCUGGCGGCAGCGUUGCGAAGGCUCACACCGCAGGAGAUCAACUCGCGAAGAGCAUCCUUGGCAGCCUCGCACGUACUUAGGCAUCGGCGUAGCACAGAGCGUGACCUAAGCGAAGAAAGCGCAGUAUGGGGCGCAGGCGCGGCGGGUGGUUUAGCCCGUUUCCGCGUUCCACACAAGCUGCAGAUCGUCAAGCCCAUGGAGGGCUCGCUCACCUUACACACGUGGGCACAGCUCGCCAAGCCGACCAUGUCAGGGUUACUAGAGGAGCAGGAGGGUGUCGGAGUCCGCGGCUCCCGCUCGGCGCAAGCCCUAGGACUGCGGCUCUACCGGCUGUCCGAUGUAGAGGAGGAUGAUGACAUGCCGCGGCUGCCGCACUCCAGCCACGUCUAUACCUUUACCAACAGCACGGUGAUGCACCCGAACGACGGCAGCCUGGUGAGCAGCACGCGCGGCAGCAGCGUGAGCUCGGGCAUGAGCAGCCUGAGCUCGUCCGUGCUCGGCAGCGCGUGGAGCUCGCGCCUCACGUCGCGGCGCUCGUCGGCCGCCGUGUCGCCGGUGCUGUCGCGGCGCGAGUCCUUCUGCGAGCGUGUCGUCGAGCGACAUUUUACGCCUACGGCCACGCCCGCUAAUAGUCCGCUGCUCGGCUCGCCGGAUUCUUCACCCCCUGCUACGCCCAGGCCUGGCGACGCCCCGCCGUCGCUGCACGCGCUGAUCGCGUCGGGCACGUCGAUCCUGCGGCGGCGGUACCUGGCGUCGCCCGCCGCCGACGGCUCGCCCGCGCCGCUCGCGCUGCAGACCCCCGGCUCGCUGUACACCGGGCUGGUGCACCGCAGCCCCAUGGAGCAGCUCACCUGCCUCAAGCGCACGCUGCGCUCGCCCGCCGCGCCCGAGCGGCAGGAGUCCGUGCUGGGCGUGCCGGCGCACCCCGGCGAGGGCGCCCUGGACGCGGCCGGCGCGAGCAGGAGAGCCCGCGCCCGCGCGCCCCGGCCGCGCGCGGACCUGGGCACGGUGGCCGCGCCGCCGGCGCCCCAGCCGCCGCCGCUGGAGAGGAACUCCUCCCCGCUCGGCACGCUCAGCACGCUCCUGUUCGGCAGAAAAGGCGGCCUUCUAUAAUUCGCGCGGUGGUCGCGUUUUGUUCCUUCGGUCCGUAGGCCUGCAGAACCCGUAUGUGCGGAAUAUCGAGCGAGGUUGUAAUCGAGUUUAAUUGUCAGAUUGUUUCCACGAAACCUUAACUCCGUACGAUUAUAAUAGGGUUGUUUGCGCUUUUGUUUCGUAUCGCUCCGAUUGCGACCGUGCUCUUUUUUAGCUGAUUUAAUCAGAAUAAUUUGUGAACGUAACGUUCGCCUUGAUAGAUAAUGUUUUACGUUUUGAUAUCCUAUUAUGUUAUUUGUGUAUAGUCGUUUUACCUUUGACGUGUAUUUUUUGUAGCGAAUUAUUUAACUGUAGUGAGCAGCUUCGUGCAUUUAUAAAAUGUUUUUUGUUGUGUUUGAACUUGAGAUCUUUUUUUUGUAGUCUGAAUUGAAUUUGAUUAGCGGCAUUUUUCUGUCUCUCUUCCUCUCUCUAUAAAACAUUCCUUUAAAAGAGCUCAAGUGUUUAUUACGCUUUGUGUUAAAAAGAGAGAAAUGUCAUGAGGACCAGGCGUGCACUUAAAUAAUUUCGUUGAAAAAAGAACGAAUAAUAAAUGUACACAGAAGAUAAUAUAGUGCAACUGUUUAGACGGCUGUACUAAAUAGGGCUUCACGUUGGCAUACUUGGCAUACAUUUUAUGGUGACAUGAUUGACAAUCUUGACAAUCUAGUUACCGGGAAAUAGGGAACAGCCGCGCAACGCUAACUAAGCUUGUUAUUCCACCUGGCCAAUUUCUUGGUCCUAUGUGUAUUUGCGUUGAGACACAAUGCACAUUGAACAAAGAAAUUAGACAGGUGAAAUAUCAGCUUAUAUCACCCUUAGCUGUGUUAACACAUUCAAUACCACUAAGUGCUACGGGUUACGCUCGUAGCGCGUAGCCACGGUUUCGUCGUAUGUAGCGCGUAGUCGCUACGAACAGUGUACCCGACAGUCGGGUUCUUGGUGUUGAAUGUGUUAAUGGGUACACGAUAAUGUCUUCACGAGUACGUAUUUGUAGUUCUUUUGUCAAUGAUGUGUAGAUGAUUGUAUACCAAAAUAAUAAAUAAGCGUGAAAUUAAAUGAAACGAUUAAAUUAUAUUAGGGGAGUUAACGGAUAACUCGAUUCAUUGUAGUUCUUUCUUUGUUAACGAGACCCCGCCACGAACAGUGUAUUAUUUUAUUUUGGUUGUGUUAUUUAUUGAUUAGUAAUCUGAGACUUAACUCUAGAAUUUACGUAGACGCUUUGUCAAGAAGGUCGUAUUACGAUAAUAAUUAUCGCGCUUAUCAUUAUAAUUUCUGUAAUUGAUAAAUCAUAAUGUAUCAUUGUAAAUAUAUAAUCAUAAUCAAACUUCCAUUUAAGUAGGAGAGUACAAAUUUAUUUAUGUUUUGUAUAUCAAAACCACCACCCAUUUGUACCUUUCAGUUUCACUGCAGAUCCUUUGGUUGAUUGUAAAUAUGUAUGUCUAAUUUAUUUUCUCAGUGAUGACGAGCUGACGGCCACGUCAAUUCAUUUAGUUGCUUUAAUUAAAGUUAAUUAGUGGGUAAACAUUUGUUACUACUAACUUAGGGUCUGAGUAAAAUAAUGGUGCAUGCCAUAGUGUAAGUAGUAUUGAAUUCAUAAUAGUGGAGGUGAAUCAGCAAACAAGAGUGAAUGUAAAUCAGUUACAGAACUUAAAUAGCUGUCUUCAUUUGCCGUCGUUUAGUUAAAUGAAUAAUCAGUGAUUAACUUUAGGUUCUGAAAUUGGUGCUAUAUAGUUUUUAAUGUUAUUAUUGAUUUGAUUAUUUUCAAAUGUGAUCAGGUAUCGUAAAUUUACAGAAUUAUAAUAAUUUCUAACCAGAUUGGUAUUGUGUUGUUUUCUGUAGCGCGUCUAUUGAUUUUUGGUUUGGCGUCGUGUCAGUAUGUGUACUUGAACCAUCUGUGAAGUAGUCAGGUGAGGCUGCGAGGCGAGCGAGUGCGAGACGAUUACGAUCGAUUCCCGAGUGAGAGAGUACCCGAGCCUUAGGCACAAAUAAACUGUAGAUUAAGGGUAAUUUGUUGAGAUUUGACAUCUAAAAUUAUAAUUAUUGUAUUAUAAUUACAGGAAUAUAAUUUAUUCGAAGAUAA